UUUCUAAAAUAUAGGCUGUAUAAACUCUCAUUUUAACAAACCUUUUAGGAGACGGUGUCUCGGAACAAAUAGGUUUGUGUUCAUCAGCCGCUCAAGGUUGCGGUUGUGGGAAAUGUACGGGCAGAAAUGGGGUUAUAAAGGUGGAGUGAAGGUGCGCGAUACCUGCGGGAGGCGCUCGAGUCUCUGUCAGUGAGUUUGGUUUGAGGAGGCCGAGGAGCGCCUGUCUCUGCUCAAAAGAGUGCUUUUGGUUUCUCACUCAUUCAAACUAUCCACGCAGCUCAUCUGCACCAUCCUGAGUUUGUUAUCAUUGUUUCAGGCGCGGAUUUCAAUAAUGCACGAUUGCGGCCCAGCGCUGAGAAUGUGUGCUUGCUGAAUAUCCCACCUGUGUUUCCCCCCCUUCAUUUUUGCCUCUGGGCUGCUGUUUCCCCCCCCCUCCCACACUUUUUCUUUCAUUUGUCCUGUAACAACCACUCACCAUGUCACAGUCACCUGAAGCAGAAACUGUUACUGUGGUACCAGCAGAACCAGCAUCGACCACUGAAUCAGCAUCUGUCACAAUAACCACUGCACCCGUGACCAGAACUUCAUUCUGGAAAGAAAGGAGAAAAAUCCCAGAGAAGACAGACGAGUUCCUCUUGGCCAGAUUUCAGGGUGAUGGAGUGAGAUAUAAAGCCAAACUUAUUGGUGUGGAUGAUGUUCAAGAUGCAAGAGGGGAUAAAAUGUGUCAGGAUUCCAUGAUGAAACUGAAGGGCAUGGCAAUAGCUGCUCGUUCUCAAGGCAAGCACAAGCAAAGAAUAUGGAUAAACAUCUCUUUAACAGGAAUCAAAAUUGUUGAUGAGAAAACUGGGGUGAUUGAGCAUGAACAUGUGGUGAAUAAGAUCUCCUUCAUUGCUCGUGAUGUCACUGAUAACCGGGCAUUUGGCUAUGUCUGUGGAGCAGAGGGCCAGCAUCAGUUUUUUGCUAUUAAAACAGCUCAGCAGGCUGAGCCUCUAGUCAUUGAUUUGAAGGAUCUGUUUCAGUUGAUCUUUAAUAUGAAGAAGAAAGAGCAGGAGGCUGGACAAAAGGGUGAAGGAAAUGGCACUGAGAAUGGUGGCGAUGCUUUACUCGCUGUGGAUGGAAAUGAAAACCCUGUAAAAAGUGUAGAGCAGAUGAACCUGUUUGGUGAUAUGUCCACUCCACCUGACAUUCAUUCUCCUACGCCUGACAGUGUUCUGCUGCUUGAGUUAUCCGAUUUGUUUGAUGGCAAUCAAGUAAAUCAAGACAAUCCUUUCAUCACAAACCCAUCUCCCCUCUGCAAUAAACCAUUUGACAAAUCGGCUUCAUCCACAUCAGAUCUUUUCCCAACUCUGAGUUCAGAUCCCUUCAGCGACGAUCCCUUUUCUCCCUUGAAUGAUCAAUCAGAUUCUGUGUUUUCCUCCAAUAACGAGUCAGAUUUUUCUAGUUUUCUUCUGAACGGGCCAGACUCAAGUGAAGACCCCUCUCCAAAAAGUCAACAGUUCAAUAAACUGUUUGAUUCUCAGUUAUCAAACGAGAGUCCAAAUAAUCAAGUACAGCAGCUACCGAUAAGUGAUCUGAAUGGUGGCACCAAUUCCAUCUUUAGUCAGAAUCCUUUUUUGAGCAUCUCAUUGAACAACCCACCCAUCGUAAAUGGGUUAUACAGCUCAGAUCCUCCUGUCCUCCAAGCUCCUCUGUGUAAUGGAUCCAAUAAGCAAUUGGCAUUGUUCCAAACCAACCCCUCAACUACUGUUCAAAACGGAGGUUUGACAGCCCUCUGCCCUCCACCUCAAAACCUAAAGCCUAGAUGUGCACGGAGGAGAGAGAAGUCACCAGGAAAUGACCUGUUUGGAUCUGGACUGUUUGCUCCACCUGCCCAAAAUGAGUCUCAGGCAUCAAAUCAGAACGCCUCCAUUCCAGCAGACCUGUUCAACUCCACACCAUCCUCCACCAUCAAUGCUUUUGGGUCCAUGUCUCUUGGCCAUGCUCCUGGGACAGCUCCAGUCUCUUGGGGUCAGACACCCACAAUGUUCCCCCCUCAGGCCGGUGUUCAGGUAACAAUUCCAGGACCUCCAAGACCUUUUCCUCAGCCGUCUGCCUUUGGAGGCCUGUCUGCACCUGCAUGGGGGCAGCAAGGAGCUUCGCCUUUCGGUCCACCAGCUGGCACACAAGCCUGGGGUCAACCGGGAGCCGCAGCACCUGUUGGGACGUGGCCUGCUCCUGGUCCUGUGGCUAGUCCUUUCCAACCAAACCAGUUUGCUCCCAUGAUGCCUCCCAAUGCCAUGAUGGGAAUGCAGCAGGGUGCAGUAGCUCCUCCUCGCCCUCCACCCCGUCCUCCAGUGAAAGAAGAGCCCCCAGUGGUCAAAAGUGCCUUUACAGCUUUGGACCCCCUCGGGGAGAAGGAGAGUAAAUCUGGAAAAGACAUGUUCAAAAAUUUCCAGAUGGUUAAACCCCAGAAACCUGAACCAGGGCCUGAUCCAAACACCAAUGGCUCAUUUGAUCAGUACUUUUCCAACAAGGUUGGCUUGGCUCAAGAUGCAGCAGAUCAUGAUGACUUUGAAAUAAACCAAAUCUCAGCUAACUCCAAUGGGACUUCCAAACCUGCUUCUCAGCUGAUCCCUACUAUGGAUGCAAUACCUCAGGCAGCAGGUUUGAUCCCAGCUCCAGCCACAGGGCUUUUGGAUGUGGCCUUCUCCUCAAAUCCAGUCCCUGCACCCACAAACCCAGCUCCUGCAGCAGGCACAGAUCUUUUUGAUGACACUUUUGGAGUGAACCCAUUUGGGGCACCACUCAUGAACACAAGCACUCCGGCCACUCAGAAUGCUGCUCUUGCAGAUGCUUUUGGAGACCCGUUUGGGGGAAAUCCCUUUGCCUGAAAGUUACCACUGCUGUACACUCCUGCUGACCCAGAGCUGCUGAGCGAGAGGGCCACACAAGCACUGCAGCGUUCUACUACUUGGAAAAGCACUGUUUAGAAAACUCUUGUAUUCUGUGCUCUGCUGUUCUCAUUCACACUGUAUAUCUCCUGUAGUCUAUUUCUGUGCCUUUCUCACUGAUCAACCCCAAGUCACAUGUGAAAUGAGCUGCACAGUGAAGUAGCUGAUGUAGGGUUGUAAUUGAAGGAAAGUAAAAAAAAAAAAAAAUUCAUGUUAAUGGACAUGAUUUUCCUCUAUGCAAGUAUUCCUGUGCAUUCAUAAUUAAGUAAAAUGCUUAAUCCUAAUUAUUCAUUAAAAAAGACAAAUCUA